AUGGAUGACGAUUUCGGUGCCGACGAAGACUUCCUAGCCGCUCUCGCAUCGUCGAACCCGGCACCUUCACGCCUCGAGACUCAACCAUCUCGUCCCCGUGUGCAGCAACCGACGCCGCAGAAGAUACAGCAGCCGACACCACAGCGCUUGGAUAGACCGCCGCCCGCAAAUGCUUCUGCGAGCGGCAAGAUUGUCCAGCCGACACCCCAAGCCCUUCCCCAGCGAGGAUCCGGCUCCGCCAUUCUUGUGUCUCCACGGCAAAGGGGCAAUCCGGUGCUCGCAUCUCUCAAGUCGAUGCCGUGGGAGUACAGCGAUAUUCUAGCUGACUACGGUCUUGGUCUGACGACAUGUGCAUUGUUCUUGAGUCUGAAGUACCACCGCCUCCAUCCCGAGUACAUCCAUACGAGAAUCAGGAAUCUUCAAGGGAAAUACAACCUACGUCUCGUACUGACCAUGGUCGAUAUUCCGAACCACGAGGAGGUCUUGCGCGAGCUGUCCAAGACCUCUUUGGUCAACAACGUCACCCUCAUUCUUUGCUGGUCAGCCGCCGAGGCCGCGCGAUACCUCGAGCUGUACAAGUCUUACGAGCACGCCAACUUCAACGCCAUUCGUGGUCAACAAGCGUCGACGUAUGCCGAGAAGCUCGUCGAGUUCGUCACAGUUCCCAGGAGCGUCAACAAGUCAGAUGCCGUUGCGCUAGUCAGUAACUUUGGUAGCUUGAAGAACGCAAUCAAUGCCAAUCCCGAAGAGAUUGGUCUGCUCGCCGGCUGGGGAGCUGUCAAGGUCAACAAAUGGGUCAAGGCUGUCGAGGAGCCCUUCCGAGCACAAAAGUCUGGCAAACGACAGCUGGAUCGAUCGGACCGCACCGAGGAUGGGAGGCCGUCGCAAGCAUCGAGGUUGGAUCAAGCUGUGCCUCUCAGCAGAGUUCCGCUUCGCGAGAUGUCAACAAGGGACUCUUCCCAUGGCUCACCUGCAGUGAGCACGCCAACGACAACCCAGCCCAAGAGACCUGCGGCCUUGGAGAGAGGCAAUCCAGAUCUGGACGAAGAUGAUGAAGAGGCGAUGAUCGCCGCCGCUAUUGAGGAAUCAAGGCGGACUGCUGAGACGCAGACGAAACAAGUUGACAGCGCAGGUGCCAAAGACGAUGCACUUACAGACGGGGUCGCAGCCGCACUCGCAAAGUUGCGGAAGCAGGGCUGA